ACUGCCGUUAAGGGGACACACCGAUACGGGGGAUCGGGGUGUCCUCGGCCAAGUGUCGCAUUGCCAGGGUGAUGUGUGUCGGGAAUAUGAGGGAAAUGGAAGGUCAGUUGUUGGUAUUUUGAGCUCGGAGUCCCGCACUUGCUGUACGUACCUUUCCCUUUUUGGUAACUCGCCUGUGGUGCUGCUGCCCCGGGUCAGGAGAGACAGCCUGCAGGAUCAAACGUCCCCCUUCCCGGGGAAACUGGGUCACCAAACACUGGCCUGUCACGGUGAAUUUGCUGUUUGAUCAUCGGGUGGGUCAGGUCUGCAGCUCUGCAAAAGACGUGCAAUCCUCCCGAUGACCGUCUAGAUUAAAUGAGCACGAGGAGCACAAGUUGAAGUCAUCGCAGAAGGACAAGGUUCGGCAGUUCAUGUCCUUCACGCAGGCAGGGGAGAGGACAGCCGUGUACUGCCUGACGCAGAAUGACUGGAAACUAGAAGUCGCCACAGACAACUACUUCCAGAACCCAGACCUCUACUACAAAGAAUCCAUGAAAACCUCAGUGGACCGCAAGAAGCUGGAACAGCUCUACAACAGAUACAAAGACCCCCAGGAUGAGAACAAGAUAGGCAUUGAUGGGAUCCAGCAGUUCUGUGAUGACCUGACGCUGGAUCCAGCCAGCAUGAGCAUCCUUGUGGUGGCAUGGAAGUUUAGAGCGGCCACGCAGUGCGAGUUCAGCAGGAAAGAGUUCCUGGAUGGCAUGGCUGAGCUAGGCUGUGACAGUCCUGAAAAACUAAAGACGAUCCUUCCCAGACUAGAGCAGGAGCUGAAAGACACAGGGAAGUUUAAAGACUUCUACCAGUUUACCUUUAAUUUUGCCAAGAACCCCGGCCAGAAGGGUUUAGACCUCGACAUGGCUCUUGCUUACUGGAAUCUAGUUCUCACAGGUCGCUUCAAGUUCUUGGAUCUCUGGAAUCGCUUCCUGCUGGAGCAUCACAAGCGCUCAAUUCCCAAGGACACGUGGAACCUCCUCCUGGACUUCGGCAAUAUGAUCGCAGAUGACAUGUCCAACUAUGACGAGGAAGGGGCGUGGCCUGUCCUCAUAGAUGACUUUGUGGAGUUUGCUCGGCCGAUUGUGACGAGUAAGCGCAACAUCACAUAGUGCUCGUCCCGGCUUCCUGCAGCGGACGGAGUUUGCGUUUCUCCCGAUUUUCUUCUUCUUUUUUUGAAUGAGGAUUUUUAUACAAACGAGCCAAAAAGAGAGUUCUUCUCAAAAAGCCUGUCUGCAGCUUGUCGUUAAGAUUGUUCUUCCAACAGCAUCAGAUGCCUUGACCGAGGAGCGACCUGGAGGACCAGUUCAGAGAGGAAAGCAGGAGGGGAAUCAGCAGGAGAGAGAUGAUGAUGUGUUGUUUUUUUUUGUUGUUGUUGUUAUUCGCCGGAAAGGACAGACUUUGUAAUUGCAAUAUGGAAAUGAUGGGUUGCCUUGAACUCGUCACGUGUGGGCAAAUCACCAACGGGUGUGGCUUCGAACUGCUGCUGCUGCUGCUGCUGCUGCUGCGGACUUGGCUCACUGACCUGCACCCUCGGCACAGUGAGGAGGGACAGAGGCGGUGAACUUUCAGCACAUGCAGAGAUUUAAAGUUACAGAUGCAGUAGGAUGUGGCCUCUUACAUUGUCAAUUGUGGAUGGAACAGUACGUUAAAACCUGCAUGUUUUUGUCAGCUAGUGUGAAGCAGUGCCGUGGAGGAGGAGGAGGAGGAGGAAGGGGAAAAGUUCUCUACAUUAUUUUCACUGAGAUUGCGAAUGUGUGGCUCUCGAACAAUCACACUGAGAGUUGUGUGUGUGUGUGUGUGUGUGCGUGCAUGUGUGUGUGUUUGGGGUCGGGGGUUGAACAUAUUGCCUCUUCUACAAUACGAUGCUAAAUAUUUUAAUUUGGUUUUAUGAUAAUUAGAAGUUAGCUGGGCGACAGCGAAAAGAUCCACAUUUUGCAUUCACACAGAGAGUUGGACAGAGCAGCAUGCUUUACGGGCUCAGCACCAGCAGAAUCACUGUUGUUACAGAUGUAAAAUGCUGUACUUAUAGGAAACAAACAAUAGAUUCAGCUUUAGAAGAACAGAAAUGUAUAUCUGAGAAAACAGGAAAUCGUAUUUAUAAUCAUGAUUAGUACAUAAGAAGCAUUUAGGAUCCUCAUUUUUUGAAAUGCUUCUGCAUCACUCUGUUGACUUAUUUUUGCAGUGAACUGCUGUACACACACACACACGGAGACUGACGGACAGGCACAUUGACUGUUUUCUAUUAUCCAGGUGAUUUGCCAACAAACUGCACUGAUUUACACUUUUUCUGUUGUAGGUUUUCUUUAUCAGGCAGCACUGUACACACAUACAGAGCUAUUCAGUUUACUUGACAGUAUGUUCACUUACAUAUAAACUAGACUUUUUAAAAUGAACAUCUACAUCCCAGCUGAGAGUAUUUUAACUGUUUGUUACACUGUUUGGGGUUUUGGUCUGUUGCUUUUCAUGGAUUAGCGGCUGUAGUGCAAUGGCGGCAUGUUCAAGUACCGUACAGAGAAAAACGUCACUUUAAAACAUACUUGUGCUGCCAUCUAGGGGUGCAAUGCUUUUCCUCAAUACACAAUUUAGUGUUGCUCUUACAGUUUAAUUAUAAACACUAAACACAUCCCCCUUUCUUGGCUAAAGAGUGCGACAGAAGGUAGAGCUCAGGUACUAGUCGUCCUCUCCUAGACACAGUGAGCAGUAGGUGGCUUCCUGCACUUACAUCAGAGUUUGCCAUCUAACUACGCUGAUCUUGUUUUACUGUUAUGACCGUGAUGAACACUUUGCCAUGUGUUUAAAUAAGGAUGGAUUAUUUCCCUGCGUCAAAUUUCUCAACUACAGGGUACAUACUUGCCUUUUGUUUUCCUCAAGCCGACAGACUUGAGUUAAAGUUCUUAUAUUUAUGUAAGCAGACGUCAGACAUUAACUAUGGUGGUGUGAGUGAAAUAGGCUUUAAAGGGGCAGUGCAACCAAGAAUCAAAAAUGGCAUAUUUUUCCUCUUACCUGUAGUGCGGUUCAUCAAUCAAGAUUAUUUUGGUGAGUGGUCGAGUGGUGGAGAUAUCUGCCGUAGAGAUGUCUGCCUUCUCUACAGUAUAAUGGGACUAGAUGGCACUCGGUUUGUCGUGUGCAAAGUGGAAAAAAAAAACCCGGUACCGUAUGAUACUCAUGAUAAUCUACAGACCUUGUUGUGAGUAAUUUCAUGUAGCAGCUGUUUUCUUCUUACCAAACUACACCCAUAUCACCACACAAAAGGAAGCAUGCAUCUACUGCUAGCUCACCUAGCACCACUGAGCUAGCUAACGUCACAGCUGAGGAGGAUGCCAUUAAUGUUCUCAUCUCGCUUUGUCACGAACACGAGCCUCUUGCCUAUGAGUAGAUGCACACUUCCUUCUGCAAGGUGAUACAAUUGGUAGGUGUAGUUCGGUAGAAAGAAAAUAGUUCCUACAUGAAGCUUCUCACAACAAGGUCUGUGGAUUAUCUUG